GAGGAAAAGACUCGACACUUCGCAUUUAGCCUCUUAUUUUUAGCAUAUUUUCGACCUUUUCUCCGGUUUUUAAACGUUUUCCUCUCAAUUUUACUAACAAUGGAAUGCCGAAAGAGGUCAAAGAGUCGCGCUUCGGCUUACGAGGGCUUCAAAUCAGCCGAGAGGAGGGCACUGAAGCCUGUUAAAAUUUCAGACAGUUCCAUCUUCUGGUGGAUGCUGGCUGCGGCUCGGUUGUAUCUGGCAUCUGUGCAGACUGGCUACAUUCAUCCAGAUGAAUUUCACCAAAGUGUACAGGUCAUGGCUCGUGAUGUGCUCAACAUAGAUGCACAGAAGCCAUGGGAAUUCCACACUUCAACCCCCAUCCGGUCAGUCGCCUUCUCUGCUAUUGUGUCUCUGCCAUACUUGCUCAUCCGAUAUGUGACCGUUGUAGCCUCAUAUUUUGAAUUUGAGAUCCUGACCCCGCGAAUACUGCUGGUAGCCCCUCGGAUAUACAUGACUCUGCUGUCUUUUGUCGCGGAUUUCUGUGUUUACAGGAUAGCCAAGAUGUGCUAUAUUCGGCCGUGGCAAUGUGUUGAAGUGUUUGCUAGUUCAUACAUCAUGCUUGUGUAUGCAACAAGGACAUUUUCCAAUUCACUAGAGCUGAUUCUCAUUGCCAUCUUGUACUGGAGAGUAUGCGAGUCCAUGGUGGAGAGCGGUAAGGUUAUGAGGCAAGAGAAUAUUCUGAAGGACUUGUAUGAGACAGCUGACUCCAUGCAGGAAAAAGUGAAGUUGACACGCAUGAAAACCAAGCUCCCACCUUACAACUUUAAGGACAGUGCCAUCAUAUCAACAGUGGUGACUUUGGGCGUGUUCAUCCGGCCAACAUUCCUGGCCUUUUCCUUUGUUCCUGUGGCCUAUUGGCUUCAGAGGGGCGUUGUUACAAAGGAAGUGGACUUCUCUUACUUCCACCUGCGCUGCAUGAGCCUGCUACCAGGUGUUGUGAUAGUUUUCCUAACUUGCAUGCUGGCUGACUCCUUCUACUAUGGCUCCCUCACCUUCACAGAGCUCGUCUUCUGGAAUGUGACAAGCAACUCCUUCACAGUGACACCCAUCAAUUUUCUCAUGUACAACAUUAAGCAAGAGAACCUAGCCACUCAUGGACUUCACCCACAGUACCUCCACUUGGUUGUCAAUCUGCCUAUUCUGCAUGGUGUUCUUGGGGUCCUUGGGUUGUGGUCAGUGUCCAAGUAUGCAGCCAACUUAUGCCUCAACAAGAUUUCAAAGAAGCCCAAGGUGUACAGUGUGGCCACAAUGCUGCUCUUGAGCUUCAUCUUUCCUGUUUUGGCUCUCUCGCUGAUCCCCCACCAAGAGCCGAGGUUCCUGUUACCAACUCUGAUUCCACUGGUCAUCCUGCACGCUGAUGACAUCUUCCUUUACUCGCCGAGCAGAAGGAGGCUCACCAAGCAUUUUAUCUUUGCCAUGUGGCAUGUGUGGAACAUCUUCUGUGUCAUUGUGUUUGGUUUCCUUCACCAGGGAGGUGUGACAAAGACCAUGUUCAAGGUGCAUGAGCACAUCCUGGAGCGGCCCGCACAUACAAACAUGCACAUUGUCUUCUCAAAUAUGUAUACUCCACCAACGUUCUUGCUCCUACGACGUGUGAAUGUCAUUGCCAAGACUGAGGAAGGGCGCAAGUACAGGAUUCCCAAGUCGGUGUUCACUUACAAUGCGGGUGGCUCUCGCUCAGUGAAUGACUUGCACGAGAUUGCUGCAGAGGUCUACGGUGAAGCCAUCACUAACUCUACCAAUGAGGCAGAUGUCUUGUUGUGCCUUCCUGCCAGCCUCACCCAGGAACUGUUUCGAUCGAAGCCUGAAAAUGUGUCUCUAAUUCGCUUGCAGAGGGUCCGAGGCCACCUCACUCUGGAGGACCCACCUGACCUUAGCCUUAAGGAUGCUAACUUCACCCGGUCAUGUGGCCAGCUCUGCCAAUUCCUUGACCGCCUUGACCAGUUCAGCAUCGACAUCAUCCGGAUGAAAUUUAACUCAGACUUUAUGAAGCCCAAGAAUCGGGUGUCAAAGGACCUGAUCAUGGAUGUUGACACUCCUACAUUCCCUCUUGAUGAAGAAGAAAUGUGUAAGGAGGAGGAGGAGGAAGAGGAAGAGGAGGAGGUGGGGAAGUUGGUGGAGGAGGAAGAAGCUGGGAAGAUAGAGGAGGAGGAGGCAGCAGCAGCAGAAGAGGAUGAAGCGGAAUUCCAGGAAUUUGAGGAAUUUGAUGAAGAAGAGGAUGAGUGGCCACUUUGAGAAUAGGUCCAGUGAUGUAGAAAGACAUUAUUUUAGACAGUUUUAUGCAAAACAGAAAUGGAGAAUAGAGAUUCCACAGCAGAAUUCAUAAUUAUUCAUUCCAAUUCAUAUUGUAUUUUGUUGAUAAAUAAUUUUUUAUCAAAUGCAAUCCAGAAUUUAGUAUACAUAUUAAAGUUUAAUUGCUAUGUACCAAAGAAAGCAGUAUGACAUUAUGAUGCACAACACAGGCUUCACAAAGUCCAAGUGAAAUGAACAGAUGGUUUCAGAAAUUAACAAUUAUCUGAACCUUUGUCUGAAGGCUUUAACAAACACUAAAGAUUCUAAUGAUGACAAUGACAGCACAAUGUCAGCACAAAUAUCAGCUAUUUGUAACCUGUAAUAACAAAGCUUACAACCUAAUAUGUAACUUGAUGUUACUUAAUAACUUUUAGUCCUGCCAGUUGUAUGUGCUCGUGUCAGUUAUGUGUGUGUAUGUCGUUUAUGUACCGGCAUCCAUAGUGGUCAUGUUGAAGACUCAGAAAGUGAAGUUCUUUUCAACUGUGAGCUUAGAUAAUAAUGCUUUGUUUGACAUAAUCUUUUCUGAAAUAUUCCAUGUCAUUUUCCUGUGUAAUGGGAGAUGACUGCUUUUAUAAGGGUUUUGCAAUUUUAUCAAAUAUACAGAUAUUCAGUUUAUUAUUCAAAAGCAUAAUGGCUUGCUUGAUAGAUUUAAGUAUAAAUACUGCAUGUCUCAUUUCCAAAUAUUCAUUGUGGACAUCUGAUUUUUUUUCUAGAGGGAUAAAGUAUUGCGUGUGACAAUUCACAUGUUAUUUCCUACUAUGUGAGGGAGCUCAGACUUUGCAGUGAUAUAUUUUGGUAAGGAUAUCAUGUCUUUGAAAGGUAUCAUCUUUUUGUGCCAGCUUUGAUAAAGUCUAGUCAGUAUUUGAUUGUAUUUGAAUAAGUCGACAGUCGUUGUCUGUACUUCAGAAGUAUGGAUAUUUUUAAGGCCAGUAAAUGUGUGUUGUGCAUGGAUUGGAGAAGGUCUGACAAGUACAGUUAUUUCAUUAUGAAUGUGCUUAUAAAUAUGAAUAUUAAUAUGCUAACAACUGUCAAUGCAAAUAUGAUAUGCCUGUAUGUAUGUGGACAACCUUGGAGUACAGAUCAUUGAUGUCAGAAAUUCUUGAGAUUUACUUUAUCUGUGUAUGUGAAAAAAUGUGGGUGUUACACUUUUUUUUAUUAGAAUUAUUGAAAAUUGUCUCAUUAGUUAACAAAUCAGGAGAAAUCUUUUAUCUCUCUUAACUUCUGUAAACUUGGUAUAUGAUAUUGAAUUAUUAAUAUUAACAUGAUACUUUCAUGACAAUAUGUAUUUGUAAAUGGGAAUAAUGGGGAAUGUGCAGUUGCAAAUAUAUGGUCUAAAAAACUAGUGUGGAUGUGAUAUGUGUGUGUGUGUGUGUGUGUGUGUGUGUGUGUGUGUG